CAGGUUGCGGAAGUAAAGCGGAAGUGGCGCAAUCGUCUACUCAUCUUGUAGCAUGCUUGAAUGGAGGUGACCUUAGUUAUCAUCAAAUUGUAAAGUAGCCUGCAGGAACUUGCCGUGGACGCCGCGAAUACGUCGCGUCAGUCCGGUCUAGUUUAGAUGCUAAAGCUGAAUCUUGAAUAUUAGUGAAGACUUUGCGGAGUGAGUAGGACAAACAGAGAUGGCAGCGGCACAUCAGGCACGCGUGCAAAAUGAGGUGGAAGAAAUGGUCCAAAGCCUGGAGAGGGACCACAUCCGUGUAAUGCAGGGUCGCAUGUUCAGGUGCAGUGCAGACUGCUGUGAUCGCUCCACAGACUCCAUGUCUGUGGUGCAUCAGUGCAUCGAGAGGUGUCACACUCCUCUGGCCAAAGCUCAGGGACUGGUCACUUCAGAGCUAGAGAAGUUUCAGGACCGUCUAACCAGAUGCACGAUGCACUGCAACGAUAAAGCGAAGGAUCUUUUCGACUCCGGUGCAAAGGAGCCAGCUGUUCGAUCACUGAUGGACAGUUGUGUGGGUAGUUGUGUGGACGACCAUGUGAACCUGAUCCCCAGUAUGACUCGAAGACUUAAAGAGAAUUUGGACUCUAUACGGCAGUAAGGAGCGGGAUGGAUGACUCUCCGUCCUAAGACUCAGAAUGAGGUCAUUACACAUACAGAAGCGCAGGGUCAGUCAACUCAGCCAGUUUGACCAGUAACAACUGAAGAGUAGAGGGCUGAAACACCAUGAAAGGGUGGAGAGUAAAGUUUAAAAUGUGUUGUGAUGCAGAGCAUGAAGAGCUUUGACAGGUUUUAGAGGCUGUGACUCUGAAUGUUGGUGUGGAGAUUUAAAACGGCUCACUGUGAGAUUUGUUAUUGUACUACGUGUAUUUAACAAACGGUAACCUCCCUGGAGACUGGGAGCUGAAAGUUUCGUUAGAUCUUAUCUGCAACAAGAAAGAAAUCCAAUGAUGCAUCUUGUGUCGCGUCAUUGUGUGUGAACAAGUUGCCAACUGAAACAUGCAUUAAAGUGUGCACUUACAAAAAA